UGUAAUACCAUAUACUGCAUCACUCAAUAGCUAUAAAAACUGAAGCCCGAAAGUAGACCGCUAGGUCACCAAGAAUAAGUUCUCGAGCGCGGAUCUCUUGCGCUGCGAUUGGCGAGGAGAAAUUGUCAUUCAUUUGUUACCUCCUGCAGAAAGAAGUAAUUAUAGGUUCUCGUGGCAUUUGAGCUAUGGCGACUGUUCCUGUGAACCCAAAACCAUUUCUAAACAAUUUGACUGGGAAGCCUGUUAUCGUGAAAUUAAAAUGGGGUAUGGAAUACAAAGGUUACUUGGUGUCGGUUGAUUCUUAUAUGAAUCUGCAGUUAGCCAGCACAGAAGAAUAUAUUGAUGGGCAGUUCACAGGCAACCUUGGAGAAGUUUUGAUCAGGUGCAACAAUGUACUAUAUUUGCGGGGUGUGCCUGAAGAUGAGGAUCUUGAAGAAUGAGCGCAGUUUUAGGUGUUGAUUGUUUAGCUGACAUUUAAGUGCUAUUUUCCCAGUCAUAGAGAUGCAAGAAGAGGAUGGAUACAUUUUAACUUUAAACUUUGUUUCCUAAAUUUCAUUGGUCAUGUUGUAACUUAAGGUUCAGUGUGAUAUACUGAAAAUUUUGGUUAGUAAUCUGCGAUAAGUUCCAAGCUCUAGAAUAUGCUCUGCCAUUGGCAACUACUUUGCAACUAGAAUGCUGCCAACGUGUAAUGAUGUUUUGUCCUACCAAAUCUUUUUUUAAUUGAAAACUAAUCCUCUUUGAAGGAAAAUGCAUGUAAUCUUAAUAGGCACUCUGUAUCGUUCUUUGGUUUUAAAUUUUAAUGGAACAACACAAUUUCUUUUUUAA